GUGGGAGUCAGUUCUGUUAUAGUAGGCCACGAGGCAGCAGCAACUCUCGUGCUCCUGCAGGCCUCGCUCGCGUACACACAGCACACGUCGGCUUCGCUCUCUCCUCGUUUCGGCGCGCACGAGCGUCGUACCGUUAAAAGAAAAAAAUCACGUCGCGUGCGCCACGCCGUUUUUCGAGAGAUCAAUUUCAGACGGACGUUCGAUCGCGUUGAAAUUUGGUAGAAAAAAAAGGGGGGGAAGCGGAAGGCCCGACCGAUGUGACUCUCGUCCACUUUCGGGGCUGAGGGGCUGUGGAGAAACGUGAAGAUCCGCUUGCUCGCGCAGUGACGUGCGCUGGUCGCGGAUAUGUCAGUACGCCAGUAAUAACAGCGAACUUGCGCAAGAAGCGAAUUCGGAGACCGAUUUCUUUCGCGGCGGAGAAAGCAGACGGCUGAUCGAGUCAACAAGCCGCGAUGUAGCGCCAUUUCCUGCCUCUAUCACGAUUCGCUCUGGCCAGGAAAAUAAACGCCCAUGAUGAGGAAAUCGCUCGCGCCACGCGAUUUAAUUUUCUUGCGUUAAUCGCGCGACCUAGAACUAUCACUUAAGAACAAUCGAACGAAUUCCCGUCAAUGGCCGAUUUCUUAGUGUCACUGGAAAAGGCGGACGAGCGACCGGCCGAGGAAUAAUUAUCCAGAUCGAAGAAAGCAACGAGCCUCCUUUUAACACACACGAGUCUUCUUGCCGGCUCUAUCGCCAAGUUAAAGCCACAGGAUGCAAGUUUGAUUUGUUUUCGUGUCCUCCCAAUGCGAUUUACCGUGGAACGAUGGGUUUCUAACCAUCCACGAUGAUGGUGGACUUUUAAAGAGGUUUCCGGGAUUGUCCACAGAGACGUGAGAUGAUUGGCAAACUUUUUCUGGCUCUUUGGAUAUUACGAUGGACCAGUUUUAUCGCAGAACCUGUUGCGGGACAGGUGUUCCCGUCCUUAGACGAAAGUUCGGACGAAAGGAACGACGUGGAAAUUUUUCGCGCGGUCGUCGAAUCGAUGAGACAAUGGACGCUUUACAAAAAGCUUAAUCACAGAGGGAAAAGAGAGGUGUCCAAGGUCUGCUAUGAGGACAUCGGGUGCUUCGAGGAUACCGGACCCUUCAGUUACCUGGAGAUGCUACCGUCGCCGCCGAAGGACGUCGGAACCAGGUUCCUCGUAUACGGAAGUAGGAAGGCAAGAUCGAUCCCCAUGGAGGUGCCCGCAGACGACAUAAACGACAAUGCCAACCGUGCCAUAGACCCCCAUCUCCCGACGAAAGUGAUCGUACAUGGAUUUGGAAGCGAUUGCAACCACUUAUGGGUUUACGAUAUGCGAUCGGCGUUAAUGAGCAUUCACGAUUGCAAUAUAGUUUGCGUGGAUUGGGGACCCGGUAGCGCUGUGCCUAAUUACGUAAGGGCAGCGGCCAAUACACGCUUAGUUGGCCGACAACUGGCAAAGUUAAUCCGCAGCUUAAACGUGCCGCUGGAAAAAGUGCACAUGAUAGGAUUCAGCUUAGGAGCCCACGUGGCUGGAUUUGCCGGUGCUGAGCUCGGAAAUGUGUCCCGAAUUACCGGCUUAGAUCCUGCGGGGCCGCUUUUCGAGUCGCAGGAUCCGAGGGUCCGCCUGGACGCGACGGACGCGAAUUUCGUCGACGUUAUUCACAGCAAUGGCGAGCAGCUGAUUCUGGGCGGUCUCGGUUCUUGGCAGCCCAUGGGUCACGUGGAUUAUUACCCGAACGGCGGCAAAAUGCAAAACGGGUGCUCGAACUUGUUUCUCGGUGCCGUGUCCGACAUCAUCUGGUCGAGCGCGGUCGAGAGCAGGUCGCUGUGCAACCAUCGGCGGGCGUACAAGUUCUUCACCGAUUCCGUAAGCCCGAAAUGCCGAUUCCCGGCGUUCUCCUGCGUCCACGGCUACGACGGCCUGCUGAAGGGUGACUGUUUCCCAUGCGGUACGGACGGUACGGAUCGACCCUGCGGCGACAUGGGCUAUUACAGCAACGAGUCACCCGCCAGGGGCCAGCUUUAUUUGAUGACGAGAGACGAGGAGCCCUUCUGCGCUCAUCAGUAUCAGAUCAAGGUGUACAACAGCCGAAGCGAGAGAUCCGCCAAGAGCUACGGCAAGCUCCAGGUCACGCUUGUAGGGAAAGGUUCUUAUAAUGACACGUUCGCGAUGACUCGCAAGGACGAAGAGCUUUUGGUAGGAGCCAUUCUUCAGAAAAUUGUCGUGCCGCAUCCCGCGGUCAACCAUCUCGAAGCGAUCGAAAUUAAAUACACGGCGUACAGCGGCUGGAUAUCGUCCGGCUUAGUGUCCUGGACUAUCGACAAGGUGGCCAUAAUCGACAGUUUCGGCAACGUCCUAUCGGUUUGCAAGAAGGGCUUGAUCCUAGAAUCCGGCCGGUCGGUCUACCUACCCCUUUACCCGGGCGAAUGCAACAUACCCUUGGACGCCGACAACUCCACCGCGUCUCUCGCGGUACCGCUCGAACGCGGGGCGACCGAGGACAGGCAGGGCGGCAUAGGGCCCUUCACGAAGGAGCAGAACUACGAGACGAAGGACCCCGGGUACUCCGCGGAGAUCUCGCCGACGGAGAGAACGUCGCAGAGGCGGGGUCUCGGUCCGUUCACGAAGGAGCAAAAUCGGCGCGUCGCGGAGGUCGAGACGGCGACGACCUUCGAGGAGAACACGGAGACGCGGCGCAACGUCGCCAACCCGUGGACCGUUCUGGACAUAUCCGGCGACGGUGACUCGAACUCGCUGGAGAACAGCGAGCUGGAUCAGGGACGAAGCUUCUCGGGCACCGCGAACCUAAUAUAUCGCGCCUCGACCGCGUCGGAGCGCGUCGCCGAGACCACCGCGGCCUCCGUCGCCACGACCACGGAGUACCUGCCGGAGAUCAGGGAACCGGUGUUGCGCCCGAGCAAGAAGGACGCCGGCCGAUCGCUCAAGUUACCCGAGAUCACGGAACCGAUUCUGCGUCCGCGCGCCAUCAGGCACAAUAUGCGGAACGAGGUGGUGCCACAGCAGCAGCAGCAGCAGCAGCAGCAGCAGUACGACAAGCAACGCGACGAGAUACAGGAGACGUCGUCGACCUCCACGAGAGCAUUUACCGUGCAGUUUCUACCUGAGCGAUUAGCCGGCAUUCUGGCCCAGGCGGAACGAUACGCCCGGCAGACCCUGCUACCCUUGAUCUCGCAGUACACGCCGAGCUUCGUGACCGGCGCACGCCACGAUGAGCCUAGGUAUUUUCCUCUCUUGAGCGAUAUCAUGCGUUCGAGGAGCGCCGAUAACUCCGGCGAGACCAGCCGGACGACCGGUCGACAGAAGAAAAGCGAUCAGAUCUCGUGGGUGCACAUCGGCCAGCGCAAGUCCGAGAGAUCGUUCGGUAUCAGAGACGGACGUUCUGAGGAGUCCACUUCGAGCGCGCAGUUGGAGAGCGGUAAGAGUACCGUGCCGAGAGCGGAAGUGUCGCCGGCGAUAGUCGAGGCCGUGUACCCGGAGAAAAUGACGAACGUUAGUUCCACCGGUUUCGAGGCGAAGAGGACGAGCGAUUGGCAGCCGAUCGGUGAAUCGGCAACCCCCCUGAAGAACGCUCCGUCGCGAAGGGAUUCGAAUGUCUCGCGGUCGCUGGACUGGUCGGUCGACGUCAGCCGCGACUGGGCCUUGCGUACGACGAACGCGGAGGUCGGGGUCAAGUCCGAUGACGACUGGGUGCCGAUUACAAUCAAGAGCGACGUGAUCUCGACGACCGCGCGAGCUGCGAGCUUGGGCGAAGGAACGACAGCGAUCCCGGCGAUUAAGAUCGAUAUCGCCAACAAUUCGCGAAAAUCCGCCGAGGAUGGAACCCUCGACGAGACCAAAGAGGAAGCCACGACCAUCGCGAACACGUACGAAAGGAAAUUCAUACCGCUGGUUGAUCUGGAAGCGACGACCGACCGCCCGUCCUCGUCGAUCGACGCUAACGACGUGCCGGGAUCCACGACGGUUGCCUCGCAUAUCCAGAAGAUUCCGCGAUAUCAGACAACAGUAAAAAGUGCCAGAACAAUAAACCCCACGAUGAUGUUCCCGUACGCUUACGAGCGGAAGAACGAUCCUAGAACGAGAUAUAUACCGCUGAUCCCGGAAGAGGAUAUGGGCAAGACUUAUCCGAUGUCCGAGAGGGAUCGUUAAUAUUGAGCUAAAGAAUCAUUAAAAAAUAAGACUCAAAGGCUCGUUUUUUUUACACCGAAUUAUUUUCAGAUAAGAAUAUUUCGUAUUUUUAAAAGAAAUUGAUGCUACACGUCGUUUCUUCGGUGAACAAAAUCGCGAAACCCUCAAUGGUGCUCGAUCCAAAUUACGCGAAAUUGAAGCUCCCGCAAGAAUAAUUUUUUUUUAAUCGACGAGUCCAUUUCUCAAACGGAUAGUUCGGUUUAUAAUAAUUUUUUUCAAAAUAGAUUUCGAGAUUUUUUGUCUCGAAGGGUACAACUAAUAGUCUGUGAUGAGAAAUAAUGCGAUUUAAAAUCGGUAUAUACUUCGGACGCUCUUGCCUCGAGAUUAAAAACGCGCUAUUUCUCGCGUGGCGGUGAUAAAAUAUUAGAUAUAGAAAAAUGCGAGUGUAAUUUUUGGUAAAGUGAAAUAUUGUGCCUUAUGAUAGUUGUCGACGUCAAACUAACGCU